AUGUCUUCUCCCAGAUCUUUCCAUCUCAACCAGUCUAGCUCCACAGAGUUUGUGUUCCAGUUAUUCACAACUUCUCCCAGAAUCCAGGCCCUUCUCUUUUUCUUCUUCCUCCUCCUAUACAUAAUGAUCCUCUGUGGUAACAGUGCCAUCAUCUGGGCAGUGUGGACCCAUACAUCCCUAAACACCCCAAUGUAUUUCUUUUUAUCCAAUCUGUCCUUGAUAGAGAUUGGUUACACCACUACUGUUAUACCAUUGCUCCUCUCCAACAUCUUUGGAGCCCAGAAGCCCAUCCCGUUGGCUGGCUGUGGGGCCCAGAUGUUCAUUUUUCUCACCUUUGGUGGUGCUGAUUGUUUCCUAUUGACUGUCAUGGCAUAUGACCGCUAUAUGGCCAUAUGCCAUCCCUUGCACUACACCCUCAUCAUGACACAGAAGCUAUGUACCCAGAUAGUGUUUGGAUCCCUAGGACUGUCUGUCUUCCUUACACUGCCACUCACAGCACUGGUUUGCUCUCUUCCCUUCUGCGGUCACCACCAGAUCAAUCACUUCCUCUGUGAUGUCACUCCCGUUCUAAGGCUGGCCUGUGGGGACAUUCACAUACACCAAGCAGUCCUUUAUGUAGUUAGUAUCAUUGUGCUGACCAUCCCCUUCACUUUCAUCUGUAUCUCCUACAUCUUCAUCGCCAACACCAUCUUGCGCAUUCGCUCCACUGAGGGACGCCAACGUGCCUUCUCCACCUGUUCCUCCCAUCUCACUGUGGUCUUGCUGCAAUAUGGCUGUGCCAGCCUGGUCUACUUUCGGCCCAAUUCAAGAACAUCAGAGGAUGAAGAGCGGCAGUUUUCCUUAGUCUAUACUUUUUUCACUCCCCUACUCAACCCUCUCAUUUACACCUUGCGAAACAAGGACAUCAAAGAUGCUUUGAAAAAAGUCCUGAGCAAGAAAGCUCCCUCUUAA